AUGACCACUACUGAUAUUGAUGCACUAAAUAAACAAAUAAGAAUUCUCUCAUUUCUGUGCAGCUCCUGCAAGUCUUGUUUGAUAGACACAGAUAGUGAUGGCCAGUUGGCAGACGAUAAACUUAAAGAUCAGCACAUCAAGCGACUGGAAAAAAAUACUCAUACUCUUGAUGAUGAGAUUUUUGAAGUAGAGCAAAGCUACCUGUCCACCAUCUCAUCACAGAGUGAGCUCAUCCAAAUAGAGAAAUACCUUAUAGAAGCAAUUGAACUGAAGUCAGUUUUAUCUCAGGAGAUCAACGAGCAUGUUUGCAAAACUCACUCAUUGGAACAGAAACUUUUGAAUAAUGCCAAAGAACUAGAAAAAACCAACGAAUUCUUAAUGCGUAAUGGAUAUUCCUGCGUACCAGUCGCUCUAGCUGAAGGAUUGGACAUAAAACUGAACGCUGCAAGUAGGAAAGUGGAAUACAACAAUCAAGGUGUCGAAGUGACCGUCUACAAUCCAAGAAAUCCACAAACUACAAACACUUAUCAUGCCGACGUUGUUCUGUGCACUCUGCCACUAGGCGUUCUCAAACUAAGCGCCGUAUCAUCCAGUGGCCAACAAAACACUGUUCAGUUCAGCCCGCCGCUUCCCGACUGGAAAACCUCGGCUAUCCAAAGACUCGGCUUCGGAAACCUGAACAAAGUAGUACUUUGUUUUGAAAGAAUCUUCUGGAAUCCUCAAGCCAACUUGUUUGGACAUGUUGGAAGUACCACGGCCAGUCGUGGAGAGCUUUUCUUGUUUUGGAAUUUAUACAAGGCGCCAGUACUGUUGGCUCUUGUAGCUGGAGAAGCUGCAGCUAUAAUGGAGAAUGUGACUGAUGAUGUUAUAGUUGGAAGAUGCAUAGCAGUACUCAGAGGAAUCUUCGGUCAAUCGGGUGUACCUCAACCCAAAGAAACUGUAGUUACUCGUUGGCGAGCUGACCCGUGGUCACGCGGCUCCUAUAGCUUUGUUGCUGUAGGCUCCUCAGGCUCUGACUACGACUUAUUAGCCAGUCCAGUGAUACCGCCUAAUCCUCAAGGCGUGUCAGUGACCUCUGGACCCGCAAGAUUAUUUUUUGCUGGAGAACAUACUAUACGUAACUAUCCAGCCACCGUUCAUGGAGCAUUUUUGAGUGGAUUGCGCGAGGCUAGUAGGAUUGCUGAUCAGAUUAUUGGAAAUCCUUGUCAGCCAGAACCGGCAGAAGAGAAGAACUAA